CUAUAGAUAAGAUUAUAGAAUAUAUAUAUAUAUGUUACGAGUGUGUUACGGAUGGUACUGGUACGUUCGUCGGCUAUCUGAACGAGAAAAAAUGUUAAGGUUAUUACGGUGUAUGUACUUGCACUUAUAUUAUUAAUUGUAUAUAAAAUGGCAUUAAUAAGAACGUAUGAACGUUUAUAUUCGAUAAUUUAGUUGAGGGUUAUCGAAAAGAAUAUUAGAAAAAAUGUUAGUGAAUCAACAAAAUGCAAUGUUCGUACGCGUCGGUUCAGCUCUGUUUUACGGAGUAUCGUCGUUUAUGAUAACAGUGGUGAAUAAAAUGGUCUUAACUACCUUUGGUUUCCCAUCUUUUCAAGUAUUGGGAAUAGGACAAAUGUUAGCAACUAUUUUCGUUUUAUUCUUGGCGAAGAAGUUACGUUACGUUGACUUCCCUAACCUCGAAGUUGCGACGUUUGUUAAGAUCUGGCCAUUACCAAUGAUAUAUAUUGUUUCAGAGAUUUCAGCGGUACGAAGAUAUUCUGCAUACAAAGCCUUUGAAGAAGAUUAUGCUAAACAUCAUGUAUUUUUAUCUUCCUUUCAACGAGCGGCUCUCACAGUAGGAUCAGCAGUUAUAUCACUGGCUGACCCAUCCCGUGGUGAUAUGAUUGCAUGUCUUGCAGAAACUUCAUCUGGAAAUGCCCUUGUACACUGCCUGAAUAAAAUGAAUAAAUCACCCGAAGGCCGAAGAAUUUUAAGAGAAAGACCGCGUAUAAAUAGUUCGACCAUUGAUUUAUCAUUAUUGAAAAAAUUACCAAAUGGCACUGUUGGAAAAACAUAUAGCAACUUUUUAGAAAUGAAUAAAGUAACACCAGAUUCUAGGAUACCUACCAGAUUUAUCGACGAUAUUGAACAAGCAUAUGUAAUGCAACGAUAUCGUGAAAUACAUGAUAUAUGUCACGCUGUUUUAUUGAUGCCUACAACGAUGCUCGGAGAAGUCACAGUUAAAUGGGUAGAAGGACUUCAAACACAAUUUCCAAUGUGUAUAGGAGGAGCUAUAUUUGGAGCGGCUCGUUUGCGUGCAAGGCAAAGAAAAUUAUAUCUGAAUCAUUAUCUUCAAUGGGCAAUAAAGACUGGAAAUAAUGCUGAAUUUUUACUAAAUGUUUACUUUGAAGAACGGUGGGAACAAUCUCUCAAAGACUUUCAUAAGGAGAUGAACAUCGUUUCUCUUAUUCCAUUAUCAGAAUAAUAUAAGAAUGUGCUGUGAUAAUGUAUGUAUGUAUCAUAUAAAUGUAUUAGUUAUAGCGAUAGUUUGUUGACUGAUAUCAUUUAUUUAGACUGUUCUUAUAUAAAGGCUGCUAUUUAUUGGAUCAAUGUAUUUAAAUAUUUUUAAUCAGUAUAAUAAAUAAAUGGUCAGCAUAUAAUAAAAUGACAAAAUGAAUGGUCAUUAUUACAUUGAAUAAUA